AUGGAAGCUAGCAAUGGGAUUUCUGAUACCUAUCCCCCAGCCGCAAGCCUGCUUCAGCUCUUCGAUGAACGGCCUAUCCCUGUUCUUCCACUAAAGAUUGUCGAAAAGAUAUCAUUUAAAGACGUCGAUCCAUCAGGCCAAGCCACGGACGUUGUCAAGACAUUCCACGAUGCCUUGAGAGAAAGCGAUAUCCAAGCUCUCCAAGACUGCCUCUUUGCUGAUCAAGCCUACUGGAAAGAUGCAUUGGCAUUUACCUAUCAUUUUAGAACGUUCUAUACUCCUUCAGUGAUAAGUGCCAAUUUGUUGGAAACAAAUAAAGCGAGAGGUCCCUCUAUGAGAUGGAAUAUGGAGAGCGCAGUUUUUGUCGCUGCAACACCGGUACUGCAAUUCAUUGACGUUGCGUUGUCGUUUAAAACGGCAUCGCCCGCAGCUUCAUGCAGUGCAAGGAUCUUGCUCCUCCCAGUUGAGAGCAGCGAGGGCAGCCUGGAGUGGAAGAUCUGGAUCCUGAGCACCAAGCUUGAAAACCUUGAUGUUCAUCCAGAGAAUGAAUCUCUUCUUCACUUACCUGGUCGCAACUUGAGUGGCAUGACAGAGAUUGAUACCGAAGUUUUCAUCAUUGGUGGCGGCAACGCUGCUGCAGCUCUCGCCGCUCGGCUCAAGACCUUCGGAGUCGAGAGUAUCAUGGCUGAACGGAAUGCCCGUAUCGGCGAUAACUGGGCCAAGCGCUACGAUUGCAUGAAGUUUCAUGUGCCAACUUCUUUCUGCGACAUGCCUUACAUGGGCUACCCAGAAGAACUCCGGGGCCUUCACCGUCUGGGCAAGGAUGAACUGGCGAAUCACCUCGCACAAUAUGUCACGUCAUUCAACCUCAACGUCAUUACUUCGGCAACGGUUCAGUCAACAGUUUACCAUAAGUCAAGUGCGAAAUGGACGAUUGAACUACAAACUCCUGCUGGAGCGGUUACAGUGACUGCUAAGCAACUUGUUCAAGCAACGGGCGUUUCCUCGCAGAAGCCUUAUGUUCCUACUAUUGCAAAUGCGGAGAUCUACAAAGGGAUCAACAUCCACUCGUCGGGUUACAAAAAUGGAAGAAUAUUGGUCGGGCAAGGCGUCAAAUCGGUUCUCGUCAUAGGUUCAGCAAACACGGCUUUCGAUAUCCUCGCCGACUGCUACACAGCUGGUCUAGAGCCGACAAUGGUCGUGCGAUCGCCAACAUACAUCUGCCCAUUCGAGUAUAUCUGUAACGACGUCAGUCUCGGCGCGUACAACUUUGACGUCGCGCGUGGCGACAGAAUGUUUCUCAUGCUUCCAUCCGCGGUAGAAGGUCAACUUGCGCGAAAUCUCUUCAGAGUUCUUGCUUCCAAAGAACCUGAUCGCUAUACUACUGUCAAAGAAGCCGGAUUUCCUGUACUCGACAGUGCAGACCCUAACCAAGCACUCUUCUCUAAUCUGAUCGAGAAAGCAGGUGGGCACUACGUCGACGUCGGCGCAACUGACAUUAUAGCCCGAGGCAAAGCCAGCGUCAAAGCAGGAGUCGAGCCAAUUGCAUUUACUCAAAGUGGUCUUCGAUUCUCAGAUGGCAGCUCGGCCGCCGCGGAUGCCGUGAUUUGGUGUACCGGUUUCGCAGAUCGUGACGUUCGCUCGGUAGCCGCGGAGAUCUUGGGAGGCGAAAAGCACACUGCCAGCAAUGAAAGGAUUCUAGGACCUCGGGAGAUUGCAUAUCGUCUCGACGCAACAUGGGGCGUUGACUCUGAGGGCGAAAUACGAGGAAUGUGGAAGAGGCACCUGAGGCUGGAGAAUUAUUGGGUCAUGGGGGGUUAUACGCAGCAACAUCGGUGGCACUCGCAGACGUUGGCUUUGCAGAUCAAGGCUGCUUUGGAGGGUAUACUUCCUCCGGCUUAUCGGGAGACUCUUGGGAGAGAUUAG